GCGCCGCCACCUGGUCAACAGCGUUCCUGUUUCACGUUGGACGGUGAAAAGUUGUUUAGUUGAGAAAAAAAAAGUUUGUGUAUCGGACAGCUGGAAGCUAGAGCGCGUGGCAGGCCGUGGAAGCGAGCGUCAUGACGUAGAGGAUGUGAGUGGCUGGAGGAGGAGUUGCAGUCCGAUUGCUUUGAUAAACUGGUGCUUGGAAACAAUCCAUUUUUCAUUAGCCCCACAAUGUAAUGUAAUCGACUGAAAGGUGGCAGAAAUUUUUGGACACGCCAACAAUCCGUUCAAUCUCGCUUCUGCUUCGAAUCGUUCGGCUGCACGUUGAAACUUCGAGGCCUGCUUAGGUUAGCCUAGCGUAGCUUAGCCGCUAACAAAGCAAACCAACAACGCGCCUGGGUUCGACAUGUCGCCGAGCAAGCAAGCAUUACGUCCUAAAAUGUCAGAUCUCAGUCUAGCGCAUCAUUCUGAAUGCCAGGAGUCUGCUCACGUGGAAGAAAAGGAGGAAGGGUCUCUAUACGUCAAGAAGGUGGAGGAAGAAUUCGUCCUCAUUAAAGAGGAGCAGGAGGAGUAUCACAUUAGAGUGGAGAAUCCCCACAUUGAGGUGCGGCAGCACCCUCAUCCCGUCAAAAAGGAGGAGGAGGAGGACCCUCCAUAUGUUAAAGUGGAAGUGGUAGACAUCCCCAAGUGGACUGGUAAGCCUUUGAAGGGGGAAGAUGGCAGUCCGAGUGAGGCCAGCAAAGCGGCGGAGCCUCCAAGUGGCAGCAGCAGUUCAAAAGAAGGAUUCCAGGCAGACAACCUCAUCGCUCGACCAUCAGAGACUGACGACUUCACUUCACACUCGCUGUUCUGUUUCAGAAAAUAUUUUGGUCCUGAGCAGCAGGAGUCAGGGUCGAGUGGCAUGAAAGAGGAAGUAGAGCACCCGCAAAUAAAAAAGGAAGAGCCAGAUGACCCUCGACAGCAAAAGAGAGAAGAGCAACUUUCAAUCAAAAAGGAGGAGGUAGAGCUUACGUUAAAGGGAGAGCCAUAUGUUAAAGAGGAGGACGAUAUCACCAGGCCAACUUGUGAGCCUUUGAAGAGUGAAGAGGGCCUGAGUGAGACCAGCAGAGGAACGGAGCCUCCAAGCGGCAGCAGCAGGUUAACAGAAGGAUUGCAAGCGGACAGUUUAACCGCUCCGCUAUCAGUUAGCGAAGACGCCAUGUCACAUUCACCUGACAGUGAUGAUGAAGUUCAUAUGAAAGCUGACAGUGACAACAAACGCAAAUGCUCUCAUUGUGGGAAAACCUUUGUAAAUAAGUAUAAUUGUCGUAGACAUAUGAGGAGCCACGAUGAAAAACCUUUUUCCUGCUCAGUUUGUGGCCAAAGAUUCAGUCACAAGAGCUACUUAAAAAUACACACAAGAACCCACACUGGAGAAAAACCUUAUUCCUGCUCAGUUUGUGACCAAAGAUUCUCUCGAAAGGGAAACCUAAAACAACACACAAGAAACCACACUGGAGAAAAACCUUUUUCCUGCUCAGUUUGUGACCAAAGAUUCAUCUGGAAGAGCGCCCUAAAAAUACACUCGAGAACUCACACCGGAGAAAAACCUUUUUCCUGCCCAGUUUGUGGUCAAAGAUUUGCUCAAAAGCAAGACCUAAAAGAACAUAGAAGAACACACGGUGGAGACAAACCUUUUUCCUGCUCAGUUUGCGACCAAAGAUUCAGUUGCAAAAGCGCCUUAAAAAUACACAUAAGAACCCACACUGGAGAAAAACCGUAUCCCUGCUCAGUUUGUGGCCAACGAUUCUCUAAGAAGGAACACUUAAAACAACACACACGAACCCACACUGGAGAGAAACCAUUUUCCUGCUCAGUUUGUGGCCAACAAUUCUCUCAGAAGGGAAACUUAAAGCAACACACAAGAAACCACACUGGAGAAAAACCUUUUACCUGUUCAAUUUGCAGCCAAGGAUUCAGUCACAAUAGCUACUUAAAAAUACACAUAAGAACUCACACUGGAGAAAAACCUUUUUCCUGCUCAGUUUGUGACCAAGGAUUCAGUUGCAAACGCUCCCUAAAAAUGCACACAAGAACACACACUGGGGAAAAACCCUUUUCCUGCUCAGUUUGUGACAAAAGAUUCAGUUGCAAGAACUACUUAACAACACAUGCAAGAACCCACACCGGAGAAAAACCUUUUUCCUGCUCAGUUUGUGGCCAAAUAUUCUCUUCAAAGCAAUACCUAACAUCACACACAAGAGUCCACACUGGAGAAAAACGUUUUUCCUGCUCGGUUUGUGGCCAAAUAUUCUCUGCAAAGAAAUACCUAACAACACACAUAAGAAAUCACACUGGAGAUAAACCUUUUUCCUGCUCAGUUUGUGGCCGAAUAUUCUCUACAAAGAGAUACCUAACAAAGCACACAAGAACCCACACUGGAGGAAAACCUAAAACCCACGCUGGAGAAUAACCCUUUCUUGCUCAAUUUGUGGUUAUAUUCUCUCUAAGGCAAGCUAAUACAACACAUAAUAACUCACAUUGGUGAAAAACCUUUUUUGCUCAGUUUGUGGUCAACGAUUCAAUAAGAAGGAUCAGGUUAAGAGACGCGUGUGUGUUGGUGUGAGAAGCGGUGGCCAAGGACUGUUUUGCCUGUCAUCCAUGCUUGCUUCAUCAGUUUGUGGAUGCAAGACGUUUGCAUUCUGUGGACCUUCCUCAAAUCCUAUAGAGGAUUUGCAGUUUUGGUGCUAUAUGUGUGCUUUGUCGGUUCCUUGUGUAAAUUGUAUUCACACUAGGCCCGAACGAUAUAUCGUUUACACAUUGCCAUCGCGAUGUGCACAUGUGCAAUAGUUCCAUCGCAAGGACGUGCGAUAGUUUUAUUUUUUUUAAUCCACAAAUGUAUGUUGCUCCAUGCUUUCUCUGUCCUGAGCUGAUCGCUUUAGUGACACUCACACAACCUCCCUCUCCCCCUCCCUCUCCUAGGUCUUUGUUCCUCUGCGCACUUGCUUAUUAAAGUUAACGAUGGUUGUGUUUGAUCUUGCCACAGAGGCGGACUUCAGUCACACCGCAUCUUUCAGUCGUCGUUUAACUUGUUAAGAAGGUGUUGCAUGAAGGAAGCGUGCGCUGGAAUGAAUGUGUGUGCGUGAAAAUGUUGGGGACAGCCGGUGUUCUGACGAAUGGGUAUGCUUUGUACGCCUGUUGUGUUGUGUCAAGGAAAUAAACACUAGAAGUGAUUCUGCAGCCAAGGUAGAUAAACAGAAGCAUUAAAUAAAGCAAAGCAUUUUUUACUACAGGACAUUAUUCUUGUUUAAAAAUGAUUCAAUGAUCUGCUCGUGUGGUACAUGAUUGGAAAGCUUAAAAUCUCAACUUUCUGGGGGAAGAAACAUUUUUAACAGGAGGGCAUUUUUAAAAAAAAGAAAUGUUUUUUAAACAGCAAAACCCUAGCUGGAGGUGAGAGCAUGCGAGAGCAGAAUUACAGACACCAUGACUUUAACAAGAUAUUAUACUUAUCUUGUUUCGAUCCAAAAACUCCAUGACGCAUGUAUCACUGAGUGUCAAGACACAGCUGUGACUGGCCGCAGCUGGAUUAUUUCAUUUUAUUUUAUGAGUGAAACAUGGUACUUUAACAGGGGUCGCAAUGCAGAAAUCGCAGACAUCAAGGAGUGGUCGAGAUUUUCUUUUUCAUAUAUUUACCCUUUUAAAAGUUUUUCCCCCGAUUUUUCUUUUUUCGGAUGUUAUUUAUCAUCUAACAUAGCAGGGAAAAUGCGACAGUAACAAAAAAAUAUUAUUUAGCGAAAGUUAUGUGGUAGAUAUCCGUGACUUUUUUUACAGAUGCCAUAUUUUUCAUUGUGACGUGAUUUGUUUAAAAAUUUAAAAUAUGCGAGUGAAUCAUUUCUAAAGUUAGCCAUAUACAUUUUUUAAAGCAUAUUUUAGGGGGAAAAUUUUGAAAAAAACAUGUCUAAUAUAUGUAUAAUAUGUAUCUUUUUCCAAUGCAAAAAAAUAUAUAUAUUUUUUUUAAUAUCGCAAUAUAAUAUCGCAAUAUAUUGCAACCCCAAAAAAAAUCGCAGCAAUAGUUUUUUCUGAUAUCGUUCAGGCCUAAUUCACACUGUUUUAAAAAGAAAUGGCUCUCAUGAUUUACAAUGAAUAUGAAUGAAGAUGAAGUUAAGUCACGUGAUCAUUGGCCAGGAUGAUCUGGCAAAAAAAAAAAAAAUCCCUCAAAUUGUUCGUUCCUGAUUCUUUUCACGAUUUUGUUUACAUGGUUUAUCAUUUUUUUUGUGAAUGGUUACUGCUAAUUUUAAAGAAUCUGCAACCAUACUGUAACAACCUAGAGCAGGGUUCACCAAAUCUGCAUUAGGGGCCACUUUUCCUACUGUGUUUUCCAUGUCUCCCUCCUCUAACACACCUGAAAGAAUCAGGUGUUUUAGGGGGGAGAAAUUGAAGGGGGACAGAACUGUUGCCUGAGACUGUAACACCAGACAGACAAACCUGUGCACUGCUUGCAUUGAUUACCAGAAAGCCUAUGACUCAAUGCCGGAUCCAUGUAUCCUUGAAUGGCUGAUGCUUUAGAAGGUUAAAACCACACUAAGAGCCUUCGUUGCAAACUCAAUGAGGCUCUGGCAGAGCACCCUUGAGGCCAACUUUGAGCUAAUUGACCAAGUCUCCAUCAAAUGUGGCAUAUACCAAGGAGAUGUUCUAACCCCACUGCUGUUCUGCAUAGGCCUGAAUCCUCUCAGCCAAUUGAUCACAAGACUGGCGAGUAAUACCGACUUAAGAAUGGGGCCAACAAACAGUCACCUCCUCGAAAUGGAUAGCAUCAAACUGUAUGCUUAGACUGAGCGAGGCAUUGACUCAACGAUCUACAGCGGGGACAUCGGAAUGUCAUUCGGACUGGACAAAGGUGGCCGAAUGCUGACAAAGAGAAGGUAUUCCAGACAGAGGGGGUUGCCUUCCCUGAAGGGCAGAUAGCUGAUUUUGAGAACAGCUACAAGAACCUUGGAAUAUCACAUCAUGAAGAGGCCACAAGGAAUGCUGGAACGGUAAAGUAUCUGCAGAGAGUAAGGCAGGUCCUGAGAAGUCAGCUCAAUGGCAAGAACAAGACCCUGUGCCAAGUGCACAUAUUGACACCCCUAUGGUUUGACUGGCGUUCGUUAUGGACAAACUGUGACGGGUAUAGAAGUCCAAUAACAGAACAGCGCUCGGGGUCUGAUAGGGGGUCUGUUCCUCCCAAUCAUGCCCCUCCAAGUUGAAGUCCCCAGUAGAACGAGGGAGUCCCGGAGGGAGCGCUCUGCAGCACACCCUCCACGUACUCCAAAAAGGGUGGGUACUCUGAGCUGCUGUUCGGUGCAUAAGCACAAAAAACAAUCGGGACCCGUCCCCCCACCCAAAGGCAGAGGGAGGCUACCUUCUCGUCUACUGGGCUAAACCCCAACGUACAAGCGGGGGGCAAUAAGUAUGCCCACUCCUGGGCUGCGUUGCAACAACAGUUCUACUCGCCUUCGCUCACUUGCCCUUGGGAGAAUCCCUGCCGCCAUUUCUCUAAACAGCUGAAGUGAACUUGGGCGGGCUUAGUUAUCGAGUCAACAACGAUUCACUUCACAGCUCCCACAAUGCAUUGCAGUGGUGCACGGAAAAUAUGUCCAUGCGGUGGUGAUAAUGAAGCUCAAACACCGUUGGCUGCUGUCCACCUUCAAAUAAGAAAAUGAAUUAAGGAGCCAGGACGGUGUUUGAAUGUUAUACCAAACUGUCUUUCGAAGUGUAAAAAAAAUCAUUAUUGUUGUUUAAAAAAAAAAAAAAAAAAAAAAAAAGACCGUCUGUGGCGGUUAUGGCAGAAAGUUUGGAAUCACAGGAGUGCCAGAAUAAAAAAUGCAUGAAUAAAUAAAUAAGUAUGAAGAGAAAUAAAUGAUAAUAUAAAAGUAUAUUUUGUUAUUGACUUUACCUCUUGUCAUUAAAAAUCAAAAAAGGAAGAAAGAAUGACAAUUUUCAUCAUUGACCCUUCCAUUUCGCUUUUAGCGAAGAGAAUGGUCUAUUUAAACGACAAAUCUGUCCACAAAUUAUAUGGUUAAGACAAAUAAGGAAUUGCCCAAAUAAAAUUUGAUUCAAAACUACUAAUUCUGAUAAUUCCCAGGUAUCCACAUAUGGCCAUCAAGCACGGAAUGCGACUCCGUCUUACCGACGUCAGUCUCCGUAUAGUAUGUGUGAUUUGCAAUAGACAGUAUAGCGCCACCGCAACAUGAAGUUGAUCCAUGAUUGUCUGGCCUGCAAAAUGAACGAGGGUAAGUGUGUUCCAUUGACCUCUUUCACUCCCCCUCCACCCUCUCAAGUGGCCUCCGUGUGACGUCAUAGCAAGUGCCGA